AUGUUCUCGCGAUCCUACACCAAUCUGGUCGAUCUCGCCAAUGGCAACCUCUCCGCCCUCGACUACGGAGGCGGCGGCGGCGGGGGUGAGGGCGGAGGCCAGGGCGGGGGUGGAGUUGGAGGCGGAGGCGGGGGCGGGGGCCCGCCGCCGCGGGCGAGGCAGAUGCAGCGGACGAUGACGACGCCCGGGACGCUCGUGGAGCUCGACGACGAGGACCAAGCGGGCAGCGUCGCCUCCGACGUGCCGUCGUCGUUCGCCAGCGACCGCCUCAUCGUCGUCGCCAACACGCUCCCCGUGCGCGGCGAGCGCCGGCCCGACGGCCGCGGGUGGAGCUUCUCCUGGGAUGAGGACUCGCUCCUCUUCCACCUCCGCGACGGCCUCCCCGAAGACAUGGAGGUCCUCUACGUCGGCUCCCUCCGCGCCGACGUGCCGGCCGUCGAGCAGGACGAGGUCGCGCAGGCGCUCCUCGACAGGUUCCGUUGCGUCCCGGCCUUCCUCCCCAAGGACCUCUGCGACCGAUUCUACGACGGCUUCUGUAAGCAGACGCUCUGGCCGCUCUUCCACUACAUGCUCCCCUUCUCCCCAGACCACGGCGGACGCUUCGACCGCUCCCAGUGGGAGGCCUACGUCCUCGCCAACAAGCUCUUCUCCCAGCGCGUCAUCGAGGUCCUCAACCCGGAUGACGACUACGUCUGGAUCCACGACUACCACCUCCUAGCCCUCCCGUCCUUCCUUCGCCGCCGAUUCAACCGCCUCCGCAUCGGUUUCUUCCUGCACAGCCCCUUCCCUUCGUCAGAGCUCUACCGUUCUCUCCCCGUCCGUGAUGAGAUCCUCAAAUCGCUGCUCAACUGCGAUCUGAUUGGGUUCCACACCUUCGAUUACGCCCGGCAUUUCCUGUCCUGCUGCAGCCGCAUGCUCGGGAUCGAGUACCAAUCCAAGAGGGGGUAUAUUGGGCUGGAUUAUUUUGGACGCACGGUGGGGAUAAAGAUCAUGCCUGUUGGGAUUAACAUGGUGCAGUUGCAGUCACUUCUCCAUCAGCCUGAUCUGGAGCGGCAGGUCACGGAGCUCCGGAACCAAUUCAAUCGGAAGACUGUCUUGCUCGUGUUGGUGCAGAUUGCAAACCCAAAAGGCGGCAGCGGGAAAGACCUUGAGGGGCUACAGACUGAGAUUGAAGACAGUUGCAGGAGGAUCAAUGAGCAGUUUGGACGGACUGGAUAUAGCCCUGUCGUGCUUGUCAAUAGGAUACUGUCAAGUGUUGAGAGGAUGGCUUAUUACACAAUUGCAGAGUGUGUCGUUGUCACUGCAGUCAGGGAUGGGAUGAACCUUACACCAUAUGAAUACAUUGUGUGUAGGCAGGGAAUUCCAAGUUUGGAUGGUUCUGCAGAUGAUAGACCGAGGCGGAAAAGUAUGCUAGUUGUGUCAGAAUUCAUUGGCUGCUCACCAUCGUUGAGUGGAGCAAUUCGGGUAAACCCGUGGAACAUUGAGUCAACAGCAGAGGCGAUGAAUGAAUCCAUCGCUUUAUCAGAUACUGAGAAGCAACUGCGACAUGAGAAGCACUAUCGGUAUGUCAGCUCACACGAUGUUGCCUAUUGGUCUAAGAGCUAUAUUCAUGAUUUUGAGAGAAGCUGUAGGGACCAUUUUAGGAGGAGAUGCUGGGGUAUUGGACUAGGAUUUGGAUUUAGAGUGGUUGCUCUUGACCGCAAUUUCAAAAAGCUUACUGUGGAUUCUAUUGUUGCGGAUUACAAGAAGUCAAAGAGCAGGAUUAUACUACUGGACUACGAUGGAACCCUAGUACCACAAACUACAAUGAACAAGACUCCAAGUGAAACUGUUGUUAACAUGAUGAAUACCCUGUGUGCGGAUAAGAAGAAUGUUGUUUUUACUGUAAGUGGAAGAGGAAGGGAUAGCCUUGAAAAAUGGUUUUACCCUUGCUCAGAGCUUGGCAUUGCUGCUGAACAUGGCUACUUUAUGAGGUGGACCAGAGACGAACAGUGGCAAAUACAACAUCAGACAUCAGAUUUUGGAUGGAUGCAUAUGGCUGAGCCGAUAAUGAAACUGUACACAGAGGCAACUGAUGGAUCAUAUAUUGAAACCAAAGAGAGUGCUUUGGUCUGGCAUCACCAAGAUGCUGACCCUGGUUUUGGAUCUGCACAAGCGAAAGAAAUGCUAGAUCAUUUGGAAAGUGUCCUGGCCAAUGAGCCAGUCUCUGUAAAGAGUGGCCAGCAUAUUGUAGAGGUUAAGCCUCAGGCUGUCAGCAAAGGUUUUGUUGCCGAGAAGAUACUUUCAACUCUCAUGGAGAAGGGAAGGCAAGCAGAUUUCGUUCUGUGCAUUGGUGAUGAUAGAUCGGAUGAGGAUAUGUUUGAACAGAUUGCUGAUAGUACGAGGAAGAGCAUGGUUGAUCCCGAAACCUCGCUGUAUGCCUGCACAGUCGGGCAGAAACCAAGCAAGGCCAUUUACUAUUUGGAUGACGCUAAUGAGGUCUUAAACAUGCUCGAAGCACUUGCUGAUGCAUCGGAGGAGGCAGGUUCUGGUUCACCGGAAGGCACUGAUGGACCAUCUACACUGGAGGAAGCAUGA